UGCAUACCUGGCAGGUAAUUGUGCACAAGGACAUGAUAAGUACACGCCCCUCUAGCUGACAACGUGCUUCACUGCCUCGGUCUCUACAUUACUCGAUUAACAUGUGACGGUAGUGAUGACCGAGCUUUCCUUGCAGGUAAACAUGGCCGACCAAGUAUACAAAAUAAUAGUGCUCCAUGACAACCCAAAGUGGUUUCCAUUGGUCAAAGAUGCAUUGAAGGAUUAUGACGUCGUAGUUGACGAAUGGGUUUCUGACGAAGUUGACAUCGACCUCACGUCAUCCCCACCAGAGAACACCAUCUUCUACAACAGAUGUAGUCCAACGUCACAUACACGUGGUCACCCAUUAUCCCUGGAGCAGGCACGCGUCAUCAUCAAGUGGUUACGUCAUCACAACGUAACAGUAGUGAAUGGUCUCCCUGCUAUAGACAUCGAAGACAGCAAAGCCUUCCAGUACGUCAUGGCCAAAGACUGUGGCUUAAAUAUCCCUCAGACUGUCUUCACUUCCAGACCGACAAAGGCACUAAUUCAGAAACAUUUCGGAACGGAUGCACCCUUUGUUAUCAAACCAGAUAGAGGUGGACAUGGUAUUAAUAUACAGCUGUACCAUAAUGUCGCAGAAUUUGAAUCGGAAAAGGAGCUGCCUGGUUCGUAUACUGGACUGUAUUUGAUUCAGAGUUAUCUCCCCCCGACUUCCGGUGUUUACAGAGCAGAGUUCGUUGCGCAACAGUUUCUUUACGUCAGCAAAGCAACAAUGUGCGAUGGCUUUUCUUCCAACUACUGUCCUGAUGAUUUACCCAAAGACAGGUUCCAGAUUCUGAAAGACCUUGAGGAUCCUGUAAUUGAUAAGUGUACCAAAUUGUUUCAAACUCCCGGGUUGGAUAAUGGCGCGGUGGAGUUUAUUUAUGGCCCAGACGGUGUUCCAUACGUCAUAGAUAUCAACUGUAACACUGUCUACAAUUCUAAGGCGGAAAUUGAAGCAGGAGUACCACAAGGCUGGAGGAAAGUUGCUGAAAUGUUGGUCGAGAACAUUUCGUAUUUGAAGAAAUCUAAAUAACGUUUAAGCUAAGAUGAACGCAAUGACACAUUAGGGCUGACAUAGGUCGCAAAUUGUGUAAAGGACCUGUACACAGAAUAUAUUUUAAAUUUUAUUUUUAAAUUUUAUUCAUUUUACAUCUAAACCUAUUUAGUGUUACCAUAUGCUUUAUGUAUACGGAAUAUAUAGCGCCGUGUCGGGUAUUACCGAACAGCUAACUCAAUAUCCCGCUAAUUCCUUUUGUGUUUCAUCAUAUGAAUCAAUAAGUACUAUUACUAAAGAAUCAUUCAUUGUAAAUCAUAUUCCUGCAUAAAGGCGAAUGAAUUGUGUCCAGCAAAAACAUGUUGUUGAUAGAUAUUUGACAUCGUCUACCCUUUAUUUCACUGUAGGCUCGCCCGAACACCCUUGUCAGGUCAUUCUGAACAGUCAUGUCGGGCAAACGGUGUGCCAUAGAAAUUCAGAUGUGCCACAAAUAUCAGUGUUGUCGUUUUGUACAACAUGUCAAACACUUUUCCUCGUUCCUGGUACUGAUAUUGUGCAAAGUCACGUAUCAGGAACAAGGGAAAGGUGGUCCAGUAUUUGCCACAUUUAUGGCAGUUACGCGUCUCUAUAUGCUAAUACUUUGAGGAAGUACUUUUGUAAAGUUGAUUUAAAUUUCUUUGUUGGUUUGCAAUAUUCCAGAUAUAUGACGGCGGUCUGUAAAUAUUCGAGUCUGAACCAGACAAUCCGGUGAUCAACAGCAUGAGCAUCGAUCUACGCAAUUGGGGUGCGAUGGCAUGUGCUAUUUGUAAAGAAUUCAUGGACGUCAAUAUAUAAUGAAAUUAUGACAAAGAAACUAACGCAAACUACGCCCCAUAUUCCCAUAAAGUAACAAUAUAACAUUUGUUACAACUGUUAUUUGACUGGUGACUUACAGAUUGCUCAGGAUAACCCUGAUAAUCGAGUGCUAUUCAAGUCUGUAUUAUUACGUAAAGCAGCAAAUAUGAUUUGUACUUACCCUGUAUUUUGCGUAAUGCAAUAAAUGGAAAUAUAUUGUGAAAAAGAC